AUGGAGCGGACUAACUCUAACAAGUCGACGAAAUUAGUCAAUUUUUCUGACGCAUACUUCCGCUUUGAGACGUUUCGUCACAACGCAGAUGCGAUGAUGCCAUUGGCUCGCUCCGUAGCCGGUCCUUCCGUUGGACGCCUUUCGGUUCGAAGAUACGCUGCCAACCCUCCGGGACCGGUCACCUCCAAGUCGGACGCACCUUGGGCGAUCGCCUCGGUCAUCACUUUCGGCGGCCUGUUUGUCUACCUUACCGCUCCCGGCGCAAAGAAGGACGAUCACGCUCACGGCGCCAAGCACGAUGAUGCCGAGCAGGAUGCUGACGACGAUGAACCUGAAGCUCCCAAGGAGCCUAUCGAGCUGCCUGAUGGCAGCAUCGAGCACCCCGAAGGCUUCGUCGAGGUCAAGCGACCCGACAUGCGCGAAGAUGCUCCCGAAGGCGACAAGCAUCUCGAUUCCCAGAGAAUCUCGGACGAGCACGCGCACGAGAAGCAGUCCAAGGUGAAGCGUGAGCCUUCCCUGCCCCACGACGACACCACUUUCAAGCACGGCGUGGCUGCUGCCAAGGACGGCAACCCCAUCUCGGACCCUAAGAAGGUGGUCGCUGCCGCUCACACCGCCAAGCAAGAGAAGGCCCAGGCAAAGGCAGCAUCUGAUGACCAGUAG